UGCCUGGACUGGUACAAUGAGCUCCAUCGCUGUCUCUCCCCUCCUCUGGUUGUGUGGACGCCGGGACAGAGCAGCUGUGGUGUCCCGACCCCAGGAGGAGGGAGCCCGGCACUGAUGCGUAUUUUUGACGCCGUCCACCCACAAAGCUUCCGUUUUAAUUCGAGAUAAAGUCGCCUGUGAGCAGCGUGACUCCAUCCCUCAACUGAAGCUUCAUCUUUUUAAUCAACCAAGAAAAGAAAAGUUGAAUUUCUCUUGAAGGGGGCCGGUCGCCUGCCUUUUCCCCUGUAACGGAGGUCAGGGUCUGCGGGCCGUCCGGUGGUAUUUUAAGAGCCCUUACAUCUUACCGGGGCCCUGCAGCCCCUCCUUACAUGAUGGAGAUUCACUGUAAGCACGACCCGUUUGCAGCAAUGCACAGACAUGGUGGCGUGAACCAGCUCGGAGGUGUGUUCGUAAACGGCAGGCCCCUCCCAGACGUCGUGCGACAGCGAAUAGUUGAACUAGCCCACCAAGGGGUUCGGCCUUGCGACAUUUCACGCCAGCUACGAGUUAGCCACGGAUGUGUCAGCAAGAUACUGGGCAGGUACUAUGAGACGGGCAGUAUCCGCCCCGGGGUAAUCGGGGGAUCCAAACCAAAGGUUGCUACACCCAAAGUGGUCGACAAGAUCGCCGAUUACAAACGCCAAAACCCCACCAUGUUUGCCUGGGAGAUCCGGGACAGGCUCCUGGCCGAGAGAGUGUGCGACAACGACAGUGUCCCCAGCGUCAGCUCCAUCAACAGGAUCAUUCGGACUAAGGUUCAGCAGCCCGGCCAAACGGGCUCAGUGUCGGCUCACAGUUUAGCGACAUCCGUGGCCGCCACACAGGUCUCAGGAGUGACCAGCGACUCGGCUGGCUCCUCGUACUCCAUCAGUGGAAUUCUGGGUAUCAGUUCAGCCGCUGAUGUGGGCAAGAGGAAGAGGGACGAAGGUCUGCAGGAGUCACCACUGGCCAACGGGCACGGCCACAGUGGGCGGGACUUCCUCAGGAAGCAGAUGAGAGGGGAGCUGUUCUCACCACAGCAGAUCGAGACGUCAGAUUAUUCGGCCAUGGCCUCACUAGCGGGCGGACUGGACGAGAUGAAGAACAGUUUGGCCAACCCUGGUACAGGUGCAGAGUUAGGAGCCAGUGUUUCCGGUCCACAGUCCUAUUCACUUGUUCCAGGUCGAGACAUAGCCAGCACCACUCUGCCAGGCUACCCUCCACACGUUCCUCCCACUGGACAGGGCAGCUACUCCACGCCUUCCCUCACUGGGAUGGUACCUGGUGGAGAUUUUUCUGGAAGUCCAUAUUCCCACCCUCAGUAUUCCACAUACAACGAAUCAUGGAGAUUUCCUAACCCCAGUUUAUUAGUGUUUCAGCAGGAUUAUGGGUCUCUCCUGGGGACGGAAAUCGGCUGCUCCUCCAGUCUCUUCACCAGCCAGGCAGGACAGAUGCAAGGAUCACCGUACUACUACAGUGCAACAUCACGGGGGACAGGCCCUGCAGCCACGGCAACAGCCUCUGCCUACGACCGCCACUGA